UGGUGAUAUGACACAGUCUUUUAGAGCAGUAAAAUUAAAGCUUAUACUCCACUGGGUAUUUUUUCGAGAGCAUCAACGCUGUUAUACUAUUUUACAUUAGUCGGUUGAGAGAAAUCGGCGGCUGGGAUGGAGGCGGUGCCGCGUAUGCCUAUGAUCUGGCUGGAUCUAAAGGAGGCUGGAGACUUUCAGUUCAGUACGACUGUCAGUCAGUUCAUACUUAAAAACUACGGUGAAGAUCCUGACAACUAUAAUGAGCAGAUGAAGAAACUGGAGCAACUGCGACAGAGCGCAGUGAAUGUAACACGGGACUUUGAGGGCUGCAGUACGUUAAGGAAAUACUUUGGGCAGUUGUAUUAUCUGCAAAGUCGCGUGCCUCUGGGAUCGGGGCAAGAAGCUGCUGUCCCCAUCUCUUGGACAGAGAUAUUUUCUGGGAAGACCGUGACCCACGAUGACAUUUGCUAUGAGCAAGCCUGCAUCCUUUAUAAUUUGGGAGCUCUUCAUUCAAUGCUGGGAGCCAUGGACAACAGGGUGUCCGAAGAGGGGAUGAAAGUAUCUUGCACACAUUUCCAGUGCUCAGCUGGAGCAUUCACCUACUUGAGAGAUCACUUCAGCCACAACUUCAGUGUGGACAUGAGUCACCAGAUCCUUAAUCUCAACAUCAACCUCAUGCUGGGUCAGGCCCAAGAGUGCCUGUUGGAAAAAUCCAUGUUGGAUAACAGGAAGAGCUUCCUUGUUGCUCGGAUAAGUGCCCAGGUGGUGGAUUUCUACAAAGAGGCGUGCAGAGCUCUGGAAAACUCUGAAACUGCAUCAAUGUUGGGAAAGAUACAGAAAGACUGGAAGAAAUUAGUACAAAUGAAGAUAUACUACUUUGCUGCAGUCGCACAUUUGCACAUGGGGAAACAGGCUGAAGAGCAGCAGAAGUAUGGAGAGAGGGUUGCUUACCUUCAAAGCUCAGUAGACAAACUCACAGAGGCAAUUAAAUUGGCUAAGGGUCAGCCAGAGAGUGUUCAGGAAGCCCUAAGAUUCACCAUGGAUGUCAUUGGGGGAAAAUUUAACUCCGCCAAGAAAGACAAUGACUUCAUUUAUCAUGAUGCCGUGCCAUCUCUGGACACGUUGACCUCAGUGAAAGGUGCCCCAUUGGUCAAAGCAUUACCUGUUAACCCAACAGACCCCAGUGUCACUGGCCCAGAUAUUUUUUCGAAGCUGGUGCCUAUGGCUGCUCAUGAGGCCUCUUCUCUUUACAGUGAGGAGAAGGCCAAGCUGCUACGGGAUGUCAUGGCAAAAAUAGACAACAAGAAUGAGACACUAGAGCAGUUCAUGGACUCACUUGGUCUGGACCCAGACUCUGUAGAUAAUCUGGAAAUGUAUAAUACCAUUCCAACUGUGUUGAUGGAAAAAUGUGCUGCAUUGAGUGUGAGACCAGAUACUGUAAAAAACCUCAUCCAAGCAAUGCAAGUCCUCUCAGGUGUCUUCACUGAUGUAGAAGGCUCUCUGCGGGAGAUUCGGGAUGUAUUAGAUGAGAAUGAGGCAGGUGAACGGAGCUUGGAAGAUGCUGCAGGAAAGCAGGCUAUACCAGAGCGACCUUCAACCAUUGCCGAGCUGCGAAGGGACUUGGAGAAAUAUUUAGAAGCCCACGAGAAAGCCAGCUUCACCAACACAGAACUUCAUCGAGCCAUGCAUUUGCACAUCAGCAAUCUAAGACUCCUUGGUGGACCGUUAGAUACCCUUAGACAAGCACUACCAAGGCCUCAACUUAGUGAGGAUGAGAUGGCAAGCCUUCAGACUAUGAAGAGGAUUCUGGGUAAAGUGCAAGAGAUGCGUGACCAACGAAACUCCCUGGAGAAGCAGCUUCGAGACAUCGUUCAACAGGAUGACAUCACUACUGCUCUGGUCACAACUGAGAGAGCUGACAUAAAGAAACUGUUUGAGGAGCAGCUGAAGAAGUAUGAACAAGUAAAAGUGUACAUUGACCAGAACUUAGCGGCUCAGGAGAAUAUACUGAAGGCACUGACCGAAGCUAAUGUCCAGUAUGCUUCGGUGCGCAAAGGCCUGGCAGAAACUGAAGAGAAAUGGAACAGCACUAUACAGAUGCUUGGGGCCUCCUAUGAGGCCUAUGAAGACCUAAUGAAGAAAUCUCAGGAGGGAAAAGAGUUUUACGAAGACCUGGAAACCAAGGCCUCUCGACUUCUAGAGAGAGCUAAGACUGUGUCCAAGGCUCGAGAAGAGGAGAGACAAGUCAUUAUGGAAAAAGAGCUCAAAAAGAAGACUCCUCAACGACCCACUGCCCCAAAGCCACCUCAAAAAAUAGGCCAGAGUGUGGAUCCUGCCAUUCUAGAUGACCCUGAAAUAGCCCAGUUGAGUGCUGCUAUCCUAGCCCUUGGCGGGGAUCUUCCGGAAGAGCUUCGCAGUCUUCCUCCUGAACUUACAUUUCCACCUGCUACACUUUCUGGGGCUGCUGCUAGCUCUGUUCUGCGGUGGCCUGGAUCCAGAGCUGGCUCAGGUUUACAGUACACACAACCCAGAUUUCCUGCAAGUUUACCUCCACCUGAAUUCCUUGCUCAAAUAUCCCAUUUUCCAUCGCCUCAGCUGUCUCAGAAUUUUUGUAAUUUUAGUCUUCCCCAUCCUCAGAGCCAGCCUGGACCACCAAGGACUCUUGUCCGACCUUCCACCACAACAGUGGACAGUGUACAAACACCUAUUCCGAGCUACAGUCCUGCAUCUGCCCAGGCAGUUAUGCCUCCCCCGCACCAACCCAUGCCUCCUCAUGCCCCACACCAACCCAUGCCUUCUCAUGCUCAACACCAGCCUAUGCCGCCCCCUGCCCCAUCACUGUAUUCAGCUUCACCUCAUAUGUCACCUCAUGUCCAGUACAUGCAACAGCCUAGAAUUCCCAUGGCCCAACCUCCACAGGCAAUCUCACACCCUCAGCCCCAACCUCAGCAGCUGUUUCCUCAGCAGGGUGGUCAAACUCAGCCACAGUCAUUUUAUCCAUCUGUACCAGCUCAACAGCAAAUGCCCAGAACUGUGACAGGGCCUCAACCUCAACAGCAUACCCACCAUCAGUUCACACAGUACAUAGCCCCAACAAGACAACAUGGACCAACAAACUUCCAGCAACCACCAAUCCAAGGACAGUUUGCAACUAAUGUACACCCAGCUUCAGCUGCUUUUGUGCAGCCUCAUCAGGGAUAUCCUUCUGUCUCCUUUGUUCCCAAUUCCCAGCCUCCACAAGUUAACAAUGUAACCCAAAGUCAGAUGCCCCAUCACGGCUUGCCUCCACACAUGCAACUGUCCCAGGGAGUCCCCCCUGUGUCAAUGCACAUAGGACAUAUUAAUCAACAGAUUUCCUCUGCCUCCCAAACAUUAACACAUCCAGUCAAUCAGCAGUUGCCUUAUGCUCCUCAUCCUCAAAUACCCCCAUCCUCUUAUCAUUUAGGCCCUGUAUCCCAUAUGCAGAUACCUACUGCCUCCAAACAGAUGCCUCCUCCCCAACAGCCACAAAUUCCUCCCCCGUCCACUCACAUGCCUCCUCCUCAUCCACAAAUGCCCUCAGUAACCCAGCCGCUAUCUCACUGUCCCCAGUCCCAAAUAAUUCCUACUCAUCAAUCCAACCAACAGCCAGCAUAUCCAGGUGUCCCUCUGAGGGCUACCGUUCCAGUCCAACCACAGAUACCCCAUGCCUCACAUUCAUCACAGAUACAAAUUCAACCCACCACUUUUCCUUCACAGCACCAAACGCUUCCCCAACCCAGUCUUCCAGUGCUCCCUCACAAUAUUUACAGUCCUCAGUCAACUGUUCCUUCAAGCUCUGCUCCCAUGAGUUAUCCAGGAAGUGUUCCUAUGGUUCCCAGCCAAUCCGUGGCCACUCCACAACCUCAGUCAAAGCCACCCCAUUCACAGCCUUUGGCUCCACAACAGCUACCCCCAGGAGGCCCAGUUUCUUUUGCUGUUUCACAAGCUGGCAGCAUUCCUCCAGGAUCAAUACAGCAUCCUGUGAACCCCCCGUCCUCAGCAGCACCUGGUGCACCACAGCCCCAUUUGCUGCCUUCUCCUGCCCCAUCACCAUCUCCCUCUCCUGGUCCUCCCUCCCUGGGUAUGGUCACUCAGAGGCCAUCUCCUGCUCUUACCCCAGUUGGAGCAGCUCUGCCACAGUCAUCUGUAAGCGCUCCAGCUGCCAGUGGUCCCAUGCCUCCAGCCGACUCCGGCUUGUUUCCGCGACAGAAUUCUACUACAGAUGAUCUGCUCUCCUCAAGCCCCGAGAGCCAGCAUGGAGGAACUAAGGACACUAUUAAUGUUUUACUACCCACCAAAGCCGAUCCUCAGGAGGAACAUCACAGAAAGAAAGCAGAGGGUGUGAGACUUAUUGAGGGGGACCCUUACCAAGCACCAGAGAGGGUCUCGAAGCUUAGCGCACAGCUAGAACGGUUUCGUUCAACAGUCCAAUCAUUAGAGCGUCCAGGGGAGGGAGGUCUGUCUGAACUUGAUGCCCGAUGGAAAGAACUGCAGGAGCAGCAGGAGAAGGAUACUCGACAGCUAUCUAUCGCCAUCGCUCGAUGCUACACCAUGAAGAAUCGGCAUCAGGACGUGAUGCCGUAUGACUGCAAUCGUGUUAUUUUGCAGUCUGGUAAAGAUGACUACAUCAAUGCAAGUUUCAUUGAGGACCUAUCGCCAUACUGUCCCCGCCUCAUUGCAACACAGGCUCCCCUCACUGGCACUGCAGCUGACUUCUGGCUCAUGGUUUAUGAGCAGAAGGUUUCUGUAAUUGUCAUGCUUGUGUCUGAGCAAGAAUUGGAGAAGCAAAAGGUAUUGCGCUACUUUCCAACAGAAAGGGGGCAACAGCUUGCCCAGGGACCAAUUACGUUGACAUUGACCACACAGAAAAGCACUCCUACCCAUAUAGAGCGCAUGAUAGGACUACGGUAUCGAGACCAGAGUCUGAGACGCACCGUCAUACACCUUCAGUUUACUUCAUGGCCUGAGUUGGGUCUUCCAGACAGUAAAAGCAACCUCAUCCGGUUCAUCCAAGAAGUCCAUGGACAUUACCUACUUCAGCGCCCGCUACACACUCCAGUCGUAGUGCAUUGCAGCUCUGGUGUUGGGCGAACCGGUGCCUUUUGCCUGCUUUAUGCAGCACUGCAAGAAAUUGAAGCUGGCAAUGGUUUACCUGACCUGACCCAGCUUGUGAAAAAGAUGAGGCAGCAAAGGAAGAACAUGCUGCAAGAAAAGCUUCACCUUAAAUUCUGCUAUGAGGCUGUGCUGAAGCACACAGACCAGGUUCUGCAGCGCCAUGGAAUCAUAACCUCCCCUUGCACGAAGACCCCUAACAACAUUCCAGUAAAGUCAUACCCACGACCGGAAUGUCAAGACAUUGUUCUGGGAGGAGACAUGCCCAUUAGCUCCAUACAGGCCACGGUAGCUAAACUUAGCAUUCGACCACCGAGUUUCGAACAUGAACAAGAUCCCAACCAAGACCAAAUGUCUUCUGCUUCUGAAGUACCAAGCACAGGGGGUCCAGAGCCUACAGAUACUUCUCUUCAAACGUCUCAGGAUCCUAUUUCCUAUGAGGCUAUGCCUGAUUUCAUCAGUCCCUCCCUCUCUUGCACAUCCUCUCCUAGCAAAACACAGUCUCCUUCACCUCCCAGCAGUCACGGAAAUGGAUUCACUGGGUCCACACCCGCUUCCCCCAUCUCAAAUCACAAUCCGUCCACAGACGCAGCACCUCCUGCUCCACCCACUGCGUCAUCUCUAGACCUGCUGGCUUCUUUGACACCUGAAGCAUUCACGCUGGACAGCGCCCAUCGAGGAAAGCAGCGGAUCAGCAAGCAAAGUUUUCUUCAACCGCAAGAGGGAAGAGGUCUUCAGGGGCCUCCAGAAGGCGACGAUCCGCUCAGUAGUUUGGAUCCUCUGUGGACCCUCAACAAAAGCUGAAACAACACAACAGAACUCUUUUUUAUGUUCUGCCCCACAGGCGGCAGUGCCGCAAACUUUUUCCCGAGCCUCGGUUAUAACUAGUCCUUGUUCAUGCCUCUAUGACCUCAUCACUACAUGUGUCUGUCCUGACAAGUUUUAGUUGGCACUUUUCCAUCUUUGAUCCCGAUGUUUCAGGUUACAUUCUGUGAAUCCAGUCUUGUCUCCUUAGCAUGCACUCCUAAUGCCAUGGUGUUCGUAAUUGGCUGUAAGGUGCCUGAGUUUUGACUCCAAUGUAGUGCUCUGCCUGUUAACACCAAAAAUGUAAACAUUAAGAAUGGAUAGCGUGUUAAAAACUGACAUUCAGGCUACUGUUUCUCGGUCAUUGUAUGAAGCAGAUUAAGACUUACUGCUUGCCCUUUGUCCACAUUGCACUGUGGGUUGUAUAUUAUUAUUCACUUGCAACUGCUCUCAAUUAACAGUGAUCUGCAACUUGUAUGUAGGGAAAAAUCGAAGCUGGUGAUGAUGAAGAUUCUACUUGAUAAGACUUGAUGUACUCAUUAUAUUUAAGACACUUACAUUUCUGAAGCUCUUCAGAAAUCAUAGCAAUUUUAUGAGUUGAUUCUAACUUGCAAUUCUUUAAACUGUGUAAAUAAAUCUUAACAAAUUACA